AGAAAGAGGGAGCCACAUAUUCCAAGGGAGAAGAGAAGAGAGAAGCUGGCCGCAGGAUUCGUUUUCCAGUAGAUAGGGUCUCUUGUUUGAUCCAUAACUUGAGUUUCACUCGUCCAAAUAAGGCGUAUGAUAUACCAAAAGAAAGCUCUCAAGACGAGGAAUCCGUGAAGGUCUGGUUUGCAGGAAUCGGAGUUGUGUAAGGCUUCCAAAUCGUCCGAGCAAAACACAACCUCGCAGGAGAGGAUUUAAUCUUCUAAGGAAAACGAGUUGACCGGGAAACACCCGUUCUAGGGGCUGUUUUCGUAUCAACGAUUAAGGGUUGAACUAGCACUUUGAGGAGGAUGUUUAACACUCAUAUUUGAGCAAGGAAUCAGUCCCAAAAUCCACCUUGACCAAAGCUUUGACCAUUGGACCAAGAAGGGAAAGUUUAAAGCUCAAUUGAGGUUGAGGCUAGAGCUUGCAUCCUGUGCUCGUUGAUCGAGUGAUUCCUCGGAGAGAAGACUCGAAAUGGACCGUGGUGGCAGGAUUACUAGGAGAAACCCGACCGGCCGUGUACCAGAGGAGACUGGACAGGGCAGUCGAAGGACCUCUAGGGCAUCUAGAGGAGCUGGCCGUGGAGGCCGAUCACAGACCGUGAGUGACGGUCAUGUCGACACAGAAAGUGAAACCUACUGGUCCUAUGAGGACUCGACUUACCAACCGGAAACCGAGCCGGUUGAAACCCCUUAUGAAGGGGAUGACGAUGAUGUAAGUGAUGAGGAGGACAACGGCUCCUUAGCGCGGAUUGAGGCAUUACUCCAACAAUAUCACCGUGAGCGUGAAGAGAGGAGGGAACGCCGAAGGCGCCGGGCUGGGCAACCUUCGGGCAUGGCUUCACGAGGAGGAAGUCAUGGUGCAUCUAGAGCCCAUGUGGAACCACGUGGAGGCCAAAAUGAUGGAGGUCCAACCAUAAGGAUCUCCAAAUUCAUCAAAGAAGCAAGAGAUCUGGGGUGCAAACCCUUUGAUGGAGCAGGGGACAUUUCAGUGGCAGCACAAUGGAUCAAGAGGCUAAAUGAAGCAGCCCUUGACAUGCAAAUCGUGCCGAAUCUCAAACUGAGAAUUGCGGUAAGAUUGCUCGAGGGGAUGACAUCCAAGUGGUGGGAUGGAACCAAGAGCAAGUACGGUGAGACCGUCGUUUGGGAGGACUUCCAACGAGAGUUCUUUGCCCAAUAUUAUUCCGAUUUCGAGGUGAACAAGAAGGUGAGAGAAUACACGCUCCUAACCCAAGGGGGUAACAUGUCAGUGAAGGAGCUUGAGUACAAGUUCCGGGAUCUCGCCGACUACAUACCGGAGUAUGCUUGUGACGAGAACCGCAUGGUAAACCACUUUUGGGACGCUCUUGACUUGGAGAUACGUGAUAGGGCAACGCAAUUGCCUAAUAUGACUUUCGCCCAAGUGGUUGACCAAGCGUUGAAAGGGGAGAAACAGUGGGAGGAACGGAAGAAGAGAGACGCCGAGGAGGCGAAAAAGAGAAAAUGGGAGAGUCAUGGCUCCCAAGGUUCCAACAAAAAGGGGAACCAUGGAGGAGGAUCUUUCCGGGCACCACCGCCACCGUCUAGGGGGAACCAAGGCCCGAGUGGGCAAGGCUCGAGGUCACAAACCUCAGUGGUAACUCGUUGCAACAAUUGCAAGAGGAACCACUCCGGUAAAUGUCGCGACCCCCCUAGAUGUUUCCAAUGUGGGGAUGCCGGACAUUUGAAGGCGCAUUGCCCACAAUUGGGCGGGACCAGGACAUCGGGACCGAGUAGUGGCCCGACGGGUACACGGAAUCAAACCGGGGCUUCUCAAGCAAGCCGGGGACACGGGGGAGCGAGUACGAGCAAUGCGCCAUCCGUGAAUCAAGGAAGGACUCAAGCUCGAGUCUAUGCGAUGACGGAAGCGGAUGCUCGAGCGAACCCGGAUUCCAUUGCAGGUAUUUAUCUCAUUAGAGUGUGGUAGAUUAGCCCUACUUGUGUGUACACGUUUAGGGAUUAAGCCCCGAACAAUUUAGGAUCACGUGGGGAUGUUUAAAGUUAAAACGUACAAAAAAAGGGGGCAACCGGCGCCGGAAACCCACUAACCGGCGCCGGAGAUGGCGAUUCGGUGAGCCUGUUUGGAACCGGCUCUCUCCAACCGGCGCACAACGAGGCAUUUUUCCAGCCAACCGGCGCCGGACACCCCCUAACCGGCGCCGGAUCUGCCCUGGGACGAGCCUGUGUGCGACCGGCCCUCCAUAACCGGCGCUGUUAGCCUGGAAACCUACCCAAUCGGCGCCGGAAACCCACCAACCGGCGCCGGACCUUCCCUGGAGCAAAGCCUGUAUGGAACCGGCCCAUUAUGACCGGUGCAGCCGGGACGUUUAACCCGGGCAACCGGCGCCGGUCAGGCCUGAACCGGCGCCGGUCCGAAGCUGUUUUCGUCCGAAAAUUUUUCGGAUUAAAACGGGACCCACCCCGUUUGAACGGUAAAUGCACCCUAACCCUAAAUUAAGUUUAGUCAUGUUAGGAAUGGUGUCUUACAUGGCUUAUAAAUGUAGGAACAUUAAAGAUUAAUGGGAAGGAUGCACGAAUCCUUAUCGAUACCGGAGCGCAACGUUCAUUCGUGAGUGAGGCGUUCGCCGAGGAUUUAGGGGUACAAUCAAUCCCAAUGACGCAAACUCUAGUGGUAUCAACACCACUAGGGGAUGACAUUGAAAGAGCUACUUACUAUCCAUCUUGUGAGGUGGAAAUCGAUCGCCAAACCUUGACGUGUGAUUUCGUACCGCUGAGUAUGAUGGAGUUCGAUGCAAUCCUAGGGAUGGAUUGGCUAGAAAAGCAUCAUGCUAGGGUAGAUUGCUACACAAAGGUUUUGGAACUCGAAGGCAAUGAUGGGGACACCCUACGCUUCGAGGGGGAUCGAGGCAAAUCAAACAGUUGUAUCAUAUCCGCCGUGAGAGCGAGGAGCAUGAUAAGAAAGGGGUGUCACGCAUAUCUAGCAUACGUGGUUGACAAAACCAAGGAGGAAAUGAUCAUCGACGACGUGAGGGUGGUUUGUAAGUAUCCGGAUGUCUUCCCUAAAGACCUACCGGGGCUUCCACCUGAUAGGGAGAUUGAAUUUGUGAUCGAGGUCGAGCCUGGUACCAAACCAAUCUCCAUACCGCCAUACCGUAUGGCACCCGCUGAACUUAACGAGUUGAAAACCCAAUUGCAAGAGCUUUUGGAUAAUGGUUUCAUUAGACCAAGCCAUUCCCCGUGGGGAGCACCAGUCCUUUUUGUGAAAAAGAAAGAUGGGACACUUCGAAUGUGUAUUGACUAUCGUCAACUGAACAAGGUCACAAUCAAGAAUAGGUAUCCCUUACCUAGGAUUGAUGACUUGUUUGAUCAACUACGAGGGGCAACCGUGUUUUCAAAGAUUGACCUGAGGUCGGGUUACCACCAAUUGAAGAUUAAGGAAGACGACAUACCAAAAAGUGCUUUUCGCACAAGGUAUGGGCACUUUGAAUUCCUUGUUAUGUCGUUUGGGUUAACAAACGCCCCAGCGGCAUUCAUGGACUUGAUGAACC